CUCAUCUUUUCCAACUGCUCGAUCCCUUCACCGCACCGCACGCAUCACUUCCCCUGCUUCCUCCGACCAGAUCGAGCUGCUGCUGUCCGCCCACGCCCACGGCCAACCCACGCACCACCGUCAGAGUGAGCUCCCCUGCAUCCUCACGACCCCUCUUUCUGACACACUGGAGAUUCAUACAGUGAGAGAGAGAGUGCAGAGCAAGGCAGUGCGAGCAACCAGGCGGAGCAGAGCAGACGGGGAAUUAUUAGUGACGACAGCACUAGCAGAGCACAGACACCACGGCAGAGCUGAUCAGAGCUGCUAAUCUAGAAGAAUGCAACAGCUGGGGGCCGCCACGCCCAGCACGAGAAGGCGCCUCACGGUGCCGAGGCGGUCUCCCGCGGCGGCGUCGGUGUGGGAGACGCGGAUGGAGAUGGACGAGGUGAAGGGCGGCGUCAAGGUCUUCAGCGAAGGCGCCGACGACGCCGACGAGGAGGGCAUGCGGGUGUACAGCCGCCUGCGACGGAACCAAAGCGACGGCGGCGGCGCGGGCGCGGGCGCCGGGACGGCUGCGGCGGCCAAGAAGCGGAGGAACUGGAAGGCGUCGGAGCCGGUCACGGCGAUCGGGGAGCUGCGCAAGUCGCGCUCCGACGCGGCGGCGACGGGGGCGGUGGCCAAGCGGGCGGUGGCGAGGGUCACCACGCCGGAGAAGAAGCUGGCGGCCGAGGUGAAGGAGGUGGUGGUGGUGGAGGUGGAAAAGGCGCCAUUACCGCAACCCAAGGACAUCGAAGAGGAGGCAGAGGAGGACCAGGAGGAGUGGGAGGAAGAGCUGGAAGCAGAAGAGGAGGAGGAGGAGGAGAAGGAGGUGCUAGAUCAGGAUCAGACGGCCAUUGACGAGGACGAAACUGAUCAGGCGACAGCUCCGAAUCAAGAGGACGAACAAGAUCUUGCGCCACCGACAAAAAGAGCGAUCAGGCCUGUGGCAGCACCGACUGAAGAUGAGAGAGCGGCCAAUCCAGAGCCAGUGAAACUUGCUGCGGCCGUCAAUCUCCGGUCGAUGAACCCAGAGCCCAUGACCCCUCCCGUGAAGAAGAAGCCGACUCCGGUGGUAAUCCACAGAACGGACCCAGAGCCGGCAAGAACUUCUCCAGAGAAGAAAGCUUCGCCGGUAAUCCGCCGACAUUUCCCCAAGCAAGAGCCUGUGGAUAAUCCCCCUGAGGAAGAAGAGUAUGAGGAGAUCCAGGGCAGGCCGUCAGCUCUUAGCACAAGCAAUCGAAGAAUGCAGAACAUUGUGGAUUUGGUAAUGUGGAGAGAUGUGUCAAAGUCUGCAUUUGUGUUUGGAUUCGGGACCUUUUCGCUCAUCUCCUGCUCCUAUGCCAAAGACCUAAACUUCAACACAAUAACAGCAGCUUCGUAUCUAGGCCUGGUCUACCUUGGUCUAAGAUUCCUUUGCAAGUCCUUACUCAACAGAGGUGAGAGUGUGGAGUGUGAUGAUGAGACGAAUAAUGAGAGGUCCCACUACCUGGUUGGUGAGGAGGAUGCCGUCUGGCUGCUGAGGCUUGUGCUGCCCUACGUCAACGAGGUGCUCCUGAACCUCCGGUCCCUCUUCUCCGGCGAGCCAGCGACCACCAUGAAGCUGGCGCUGCUGCUGUUUGCAAUGGCCCGGUGUGGUAACUUUGUCACCCUCUGGACCCUGGCCAAACUGGUGUUCUUUGGCAUCUUCACCAUUCCCAAGGUGUGCUCCUCCUACUCCACGCAGCUCGCCAGAUAUGGCAAGUUUUGGCUGGAGAGGUUCAGGGAUGCAUGGGAGUCUUGCUCCCACAAGAAGGCGGUUGUCGCAGCCGUCUUCACCCUCGUCUGGAAUGUUUCCUCCACGGUGGCUCGUGUCUGGGCUGUGUUCAUGCUGGUGGUGGCGAUGAAGUGCUACCAGCAGCGCAUGAUGGAGUUCGGCUGGAGCAGCUCGGUGGAGGAAGCCGCUGAGAACGAUGAGCCGCAACAGCAGCAGGAGGAGUCUCCCGCUAAACCUGUCCAGACAGAGAAGGCACAUGAUCAAGGGUCACAUGGCUUCGUGGCGGCGCGGCACCGGCGAAUGCCGGUCUCCGGCGAGUUCGCCAGGGAGAGGCUGAGGGCGAGAGGCGGCAUCCAGCCAAGGUGUUAGUUGUGUACACCGGACCUUGUGGUGUGGGUGUUCUCCUUAUGUUGAAGAAUUCGGUAGUGGCAAAAGCAAUAAUAAGAUCGACCAUGAAAUAGUAAUCACAUCUAUGAAUUGUGAAUGAUGAACACUAGGUUUUUAGGGAACCACCAAACAUUCUAGUCAUUUGUUUCAUGCGUCCGCUACAGGCAAAGGAGUCCGAUGUCAGCCUAGGUUGUUUCCUCCUUUUGAAAAUUCAAAAUGUUCUGUAGUAUCUCAAAUUAUCGGUGCGGUUAAAAUUGCCUUUUCACCAUUAAA